AUGAAAGAUACCAUUUUAAACAGAAAAGAAAAACGAAAACUGGAAAGGACGCAAAAAAAAAGGAAUAAACUACUUUUUUCAAUUAAAAACAAGAAAUUCAAAAGAAAUAAUAAUAAAAAUGAAGAAAUGCCACUUAAAAUACAUAAAAAUGUAAAUAACCAUGAAAAAGGAAACCAAAUGAGAAAUACAAAAAAUGAUUUGAUUGGAAAAAAUUAUAUCAAAGGUAAUAAGAAAAAGAGAAACUCUUAUUCUAAUGAUUUAAGUGAUGCAUUCCAAAAAAAGAAAGCCAAAAAUAUGAAUAGGAGUAUACGUGAUUUAGACGAAGAUCAAAAAAAGGAUGAGUAUUUGCUAUCGUAUUUAUCUAAAAAGUUAAAAAUAAAUAAUAACAAGCAUAAUGAGGAAAAACUUUUUAAUGAAUUAACAAAAGAUGGGUUUGAUUCAAAUUUGUUAAAGUUGACUGAUAUUAUUUUUGAUGAAUUUCAAAAGAAACGGUCCAAUAAGAAGGGGAAUAAAAAACUAAAAAAUAGGGAGGAAGUAGAUGAAGAGGAAGAUGAGGGUGAGGAAGAAGUAGAUGUGGAAGAAGAUGAGGGUGAGGAAGAAGUAGAUGUGGAAGAAGAUGAGGGUGAGGAAGAAGUAGAUGUGGAAGAAGAUAAGGGUGAGGAAGAAGUAGAUGUGGAAGAAGAUGAGGGUGAGGAAGAAGUAGAUGUGGAAGAAGAUGAGGGUGAGGAAGAAGUAGAUGUGGAAGAAGAUGAGGGUGAGGAAGAAGUAGAUGUGGAAGAAGAUGAGGGUGAGGAAGAAGAUGAGGAAGAUGUAGAUGUGGAAGAAGAUGAAGUUGAGGAGGAAGAAAUAUAUGAAUAUGUAGUAGGUGAAGCGAAAAAAACGCAAACGAAAGGAAUUGCGAAAAAGGAAAAUUGUACGAAGAAAAGGCGAGAAAACUACAAAGAGGAAGAAAAAAAAAUCGAGAAGUUUCUUAUGUCGUCAUUAAAUAAAACAUCGGAAUUUAAUAUAAAAUGUAUUAUAGAAGAUAUUUGUAAAUAUUUUCAUGACAUAGAAAAUUCAAAUUUAAAAUUAACUUUUGUUAAUUCCCUUGUUAAAAUAAUAUCAAGUAAUUUUACAAAUGCAAAUGUUACAGACACACAUAUAUACAUAUUUGUAGUUAUGGUGUGUGUAUUAAAUAAUUUGAUUUAUCGAAAAUUAUUGAAAGAUUUUUUAAAAGAAUUAGUUAUAAUUUUUAAAACAUAUUUCAAGAACAACAUUAAUUUGAUGAAACGUGUAGAAAGAGAGAAUGAAAUAACAAAUAUUAAUUUAAUAAAGAAUGAAGAAAAUGGUAAAAAAAAUAAUAUAAUGAUUAAAAUUAGCACAGACACAGAACAUGAAGAUAUAAAUGAUGCAUAUGAUAACAGUAAUAAUGUUGGGGCUCCUAACAAAUUCGAAAAACAAGCAUUGGAAGAUAAAUCAAUUAGUCAAUCUGAAUAUGAUAAAUAUCAGGAUUUUAAAAUAAUUUUAAGAAACUUAUUAAAGUGUUUUAGUUUAUUUUAUUCUUUAAAUUAUGUCGAUUUUGAUUUCAUAACAGAUAUAAUUAACGUCUUAUGUGAAUAUAUAAGUAUUAAUAGUGUAGAUAAUAUAAUUAUAAUUUUAAAAAUAUGUGGAAUGAAAUUAAAAAAUGAUGAUAUUUCUCAUUUAAAUUAUAUCACAGAUCAUUUAAAAAAAGAAGUUGAUAAUUACAUUUUAAAAAAUAAUAUAUAUUUAGAAAAAAGUAAACUUCGAUUUUUGAUUAAAGAUAUAGAAGACUUAAAAAAUGGAAAAAUGAAAUUUUAUUUUUUAAAUAAAUUUGAAUUCCUUUCUAAUAUAUUAAACGAAUUUGAAAAAAAAUAUGAAUUUAAAAAGGAUAUUGUAUCAUUUUCUUUUCAAAAUAUGUUCAAAAAAGACGAUAAAACAAGGAGAAAGACAAAAGAAUUAAACAUGACUAUAGAGGGAGAAAACGAAGGUGAUGAUACCAAUGCAAAUGAUGAAAAAAAUAAAUCCUACAAAAACAAUAAUAGUAAUAAACAUGAAAAAAAAAACAUGAAAGAAAACAAUUUUAAUAAAUUGAAUUACUUAGUUGGAGAGGACGAAACGCACUCGGAUGAAUUCCACUACAAUAAAAUGCUAAAAAGGUAUAAAAUACAAGGAAUAUUAUCUAAAAAAAUAUUUUUAAUUGUUAAAAAUAGUUUAGAUAUAGAAGAAUGCGUUCAUAAUUUAUCCGUAAUAUUAAAAAAUGAAAAAAAUAUACCUCAUGUUAUUCAGACAAUUAUACAAAUAAUUUUAUAUGAUAAAAAAUAUAAAGUUGCUUAUUGCAGAAUAUUAAAUAAUAUAUCAAAAUUUAAAAAUAGAGUAUUCUUAUUCAGUUUAAAAACAAUUGUUAUUAAUUUUAUUAAAAAUAUUAAUAAUUAUGAUUUAAAAAAAAUACUGUUUUUAAGUAAGAUAUUUAUCUUUUUAUUAAAAGAAAAUUUGAUUGAUUUCAAAAUUUUUAAAUUCAUUAAUAUAGAUGAAAAUGAAGAUCAAACAGAACAAAAAAAUAAUUCAGUUGCCUUUAAUUUGCAUUUUUUUUUUAAAACUAUUUUUAUACUAAUAUCGAUUGACGAAAAAUCUACUGACCCAUCCAAAAAUGCUCAAUUAUGGGAAAAUAUAUCCCAAGUUUUACACAAAGGCCAAAUUAGUAGUUCCUACUUUUAUUCGUUUAAGAAAAUUAUUAAGAAAUAUAUAUUUGAUGAAGAAAAAAAUAUAAAAUGUGUAUAUCCAAAUUUUAACAUGAAAUAUAUACAAUGUUUUCAUAAAUUUUUAGAAAAAAAAACAAAAAGGAAUAUAUAG